AGUCAAUACGCAAAGUUCUUUCCUGGACCCCAUUAAAGAUGCCCUAUACCUGCACAAUUUUAUCCAGACAAAUAACACUUUACAGGACUGUGUUUUCAGACCUUCUAACCUGAAAGAUAUGUGUCCGGAUCCAGACAUAAGAUUUGUGUUGUACAGUAACAACGAAAAACAAGUAUAUGAUCACACUCAAACUGAUUGGCUCAGACAAAGUAUUUGGGAUCCACUUAAAGAAGACAUGUUUCUAAUUCAUGGAUAUGCUGGAGGUGAUGAUACCUUACCAAUAAAUGUUUUAAGAGAUGGUACAUAUACAAACAAAUAUGUCUGUUUCAAAACAAUUAGUCACAAAAAAUAUAUAUUUUUAGCUUAUAUACGAAAUGGUUCCUAUAAUACCUGGAUCAUAGACUGGGGAGCACUAGGAGAAGCUCCUUGUUAUAGAGCUGCCGUCAAUAACUUGCGAGCUGUGGCUAGAUGUACAGGUGAAUUUCUAACAGGUUUAAGGACAGCUGGAUUGCCAACGGAUAAAAUUACUUGUGUGGGACAUUCUUUAGGUGCCCAUAUAUGUGGACUUAUAUCCCAAUAUGUACUCUUCCGUCUGCAUCGCAUAGUAGCUUUAGAUCCUGCUAGACCCAUGAUACUCAAUCAAGUUAAACUAACCUCGGGAGAUGCCGCAGCUGUUCACGUUUUGCAUACUAAUGCAGGUCAUUAUGGGGAAGGAGGUCGGAAUGGUCAUGUAGAUUUCUGUAUAAACGGUGGCAGAAUACAGCCAUAUUGUGAAAAUAAGAACAUUGAUGCACAGCUGUGUAGUCACAUUUGGGCUAUUUGCUACAUGGCAGAAAGUUUGGUGCCCACUUUACAAAAAAAAGCAGAGCCUUGUGCUAGAAGAUGUCCUUCAGGACCAAGACCUGGAAAUAGAAUUGGAAUUCCGGUGAUGAUGGGGCAAUCAACACCACUAACAGCUGCUGGAUCAUUUUGCGUACAUGACAGUGAGCCCCCAUACUGUCCGAAAAACUCUGAUGAUAUUGGUGAUGUGAGGUGUUGCCUAAACGCUCCAGAGACAAAUCCGUCAAAUCCAUCACCUGCUUCGACCACCACACAAACUUAAUUUAUCUCUUAUAGGUACUUUUUUAAGAAUACCCAAAAUAUUUUAUAGUUACAUAUUAUACUGUAAUAUUAAAGUGGUAUAGUUGUGUAGUAUCAUUUUCAUUUCAUUAUCAUUAUUAUUAUUUGGUAACGU